CAUGUUUGCGAUCUCCUUAGCGUGCUCUCUCUCUCUCUCCUUAAUAUCGCUAUAUGAUCAAUCUUAGACUUGAAUGUUCAACCUCAAGCCGCGAAACGAGAAAUAUCAGAUUAUCCAUAUAUGAUCCUCCCCAAUCGAUCAGAAGCUAAGGAUUUUCGAAAUUUGUUAUUCCUAAAUGCUCUCCGAUUCCCCGCAUGUUCGCAUCCGUGAACCGUAUGUGUUUAGGGAAAGUGUUCAAGGGAGGAUAGUUGUUUCGGACGUUCUACCUGCGCAAGGGGAAGAGCACGAAGAAGGACGAUUAGAGGGUGCUAUCUUCUUCGCGACCCUGUUCCCACCUACGAGUCGAUCAACGUCCGAAUGGCUUGGCACGAAAUCUGCCGCUCGUGUCAUCAUCGCGUUCUCUGGUCCGUUGUUUUGGUUCGGCUUCGGGGCGGCGAGAGUGUGGCCUGCUGUGGUGAAGGCUAACGGGGACGCAUUGGAGAGCGAGACUGUAAUGGGGGAGGGUGGGCCCCACAAUUACGGGUAUUCAAGUUGCUCGGAAUUGAGAAGGCGGCGUCGAGGCCCAGGGAUUGAUGCACCUCGCUUAUGGAUCCGGGGCCUGCGAUUGCGAUUACAUUUACAAACGAUCGUCGUAGAAGCGAGGGAAGCCACACCGGCGUACAACCAGCCCCUUGCCUGUCCACCUACCUAUCCAUACGUAUUCCUGUUAAUGAACGGAUCCAGACCACGUCCUAUCUGCGGUGAAUACCCGCCCCGUCCAGCCCAGCCCACACCGUCGUCAGCUCAACAAGAUUGCUUUUUUAAUUUUAUUCCGUAG